UGGAACUCUGAUGCGCCCGCCGGUUGUCAACUGCGUGAAGUGAACAUCGAUUUUACAUCUCGAUAGCUGCGUUCUGGAGAAAUUAAUUUUGUUCCGUUAGUUUAGUGAAAAAUGUCCCGUCCAAUGUGCUGGCUUGCGGCUAGCAUAGCCUUGUUUGCAUUGCUAGUCAGCCCGACUCACGCCGAACCCGGCGAAACCCUGGUACUGCUGGACAAUUUGGCUAUUCGCGAGACCCACUCCAUUUUCUUCAAGAGCCUGCAAGAACGCGGCUAUAAACUCACGUACAAACUCGCCGACGAUGCCAGCCUUGUGCUCUCAAAAUACGGAGAAUUUUUGUACAAGCACCUGAUUCUGUUCGCCCCAUCCGUCGAGGAAUUCGGAGGAUCUCUCAGCGUGGAAGCCAUCACUGACUUUGUGGACAACGGGGGAAACGUUCUGGUGGCGGGCAGCUCGAACUCGGGUGAUGCCCUGCGGGAACUGGCCUCUGAGUGUGGUUUCGAGGUGGACGAGGAAAAUGCUGCCGUAAUCGAUCAUCUGAACUACGAUAUUUCGGACAGCGGCGAUCACACGCUGGUGGUGGCUUCUCCGGAAAAUUUAAUUGAUUCGGACAUAGUCGUUGGGAAGAAAUCCGUCGGGCCCCUUUUGUAUCGAGGAACCGGUUUGUUGGCUGACAAGGAGAACCCACUAGUGUUACAACUGUUGACAGCCGAUAGCAGCGCUUACAGCUAUGUUCCGGAUACUCCUAUCAAGGAAUACCCUCAUGCCGUUGGUAAGGGAACGCUUCUGAUUGCAGCUCUCCAGGCUCGCAACAAUGCUCGGGUAGUGUUCUCUGGAUCACUCUACUUCUUCUCCGAUGAAGCUUUCCUGUCGUCGGUGCAACGCGCACAGGAUGGAAAAUUGCACAACAAAUCGGGCAAUCUGGAUGUGGCUACGUCCAUCAGCAAGUGGGUAUUUGGAGAAAAUGGCGUUAUCCGUGCCCGAUCGGUAAAACAUUUCAAAGAGGGGGAUAGUGUGCCCCCAGCAGCCUACACAAUCACCGAACCGGUCGUAUAUACGAUCGAAAUUGAAACCCUAGCUGGCGAUGGCAAGUGGCAACCGUUCCAGGCCAACGAUGUCCAACUGGAGUUCGUCCGAAUCGAUCCGUUUGUGCGAACCACCUUGAAACACAUCGGGGGAGGUCGUUAUCAGGCCAAGUUCAAAAUCCCGGACGUGUACGGCGUGUAUCAGUUCAAGGUCGAUUAUGAUCGUAUCGGGUACACCCAUUUGUACUCCACGACCCAGGUCUCGGUUCGUCCAUUGACGCACACCCAGUACGAGCGUUUCAUCCCGAGCGCCUAUCCCUACUAUGUGAGUGCUUUCUCUAUGAUGGUCGGAAUGUUCCUGUUCUCAAUCAUUUUCCUGCACUACAAGGACGAUGGUGCUAGUGGUAAGGUAUCCGAUAAGAAAUCUCAGUAGAUAGAGGAAGCGUAGUAAGUUUAACGAAUGAAUUCUUUACAUUCUCUUCAAAUGUACUCGCUGCAUCGCAGUUGAUCCAGUCGCAGCAUUAUUCAAGCAUGCUGGUAGAAACAAUAAAACUCACAUCCAUA